UCCGCCCGGAGCUUUAGUUCCGCAGCACAGCGCAGAGUUACGGUGUCCCUGUAUAGCAGCGUUAGCAUUAGCAUUAGCUUCAGCUCCGGAGUUCAGGCUGAAUUCCGCUAAACUCCGCGGAUAAACCCGCUGUUUUACCCGCUUUAUAAACUCGUUUCCCCGCGGUGUGAUCGGUACCGGGCCCGGGCGGAGGAGGAGAUGGGGGUCCCGAAGUUUUACCGCUGGAUCUCGGAGAGAUACCCCUGCCUGAGCGAGGUGGUGAAGGAGCAGCAGAUCCCAGAGUUUGACAAUCUCUACCUGGACAUGAACGGCAUCAUCCACCAGUGCUCUCACCCCAAUGACGAGGACGUGCACUUCCGCAUCACCGAGGAGAAGAUCUUCGCCGACAUCUUCCACUACCUGGAGGUGCUUUUCCGCAUCAUCAAGCCCAGGAAGGUCUUCUUCAUGGCGGUGGAUGGAGUCGCUCCCCGAGCUAAGAUGAACCAACAGCGUGGCCGAAGAUUCAGAUCAGCGAAAGAAGCAGAAGAUAAGAUAAAGAAGGCUCUGGAGAAAGGCGAGGUUUUACCCACAGAGGCCAGAUUUGACUCCAACUGCAUCACUCCAGGGACGGAGUUCAUGGCCAGGCUGCAGGAACAGCUGAAAUAUUUUGUCCACAGUAAGCUCUCCACAGACCGGAUGUGGCAGGGAGUCCGGGUGUAUUUAUCUGGUCACGAGACCCCUGGUGAAGGAGAGCAUAAGAUAAUGGAAUUUAUUCGCUCAGAAAUUGUGAAACCAGGCCACGACCCGAAUACACGACACUGCCUCUACGGUCUGGACGCUGAUCUGAUUAUGCUGGGACUCACGAGUCAUGAGCCUCACUUCUCUCUGUUGAGAGAGGAGGUACGAUUCGGGGGAAAGAAGAAUCAGAAGAGGAUAACGGCUCCAGAGGAGACGACCUUUCACCUACUGCAUCUCUCCCUGAUGAGAGAGUACAUCGACUACGAGUUCUCCCCCCUCAGAGAGAAGAUCUCGUUUGAAUAUGAUCUGGAGAGGAUAAUUGAUGACUGGAUUCUGAUGGGCUUCCUGGUGGGAAACGAUUUCAUUCCUCACCUUCCUCACCUUCACAUCAACCACGACGCCCUGCCCCUGCUGUACCGCACCUACAUCACCGUCCUGCCCACACUCGGGGGGUAUCUGAAUGAGAACGGUAAUCUGAAUCUGGCUCACUUUGAGAAGUACCUGGAGAAGCUGGCUGAGUUUGACCGGGAGCACUUCAGUGAGGUGUUUGUGGAUCUGAAGUGGUUUGAGAGUAAAGUGGGGAAUAAGUAUCUGAAUGAAGCCGCCGGACUCGCAGCCGAGGAGGCCCUGGGCAAAAACGGCAGGAAGUGCAAGACGUUUGAGGAUUCUCUGUGUCUGGCCGCUCUGGAUGGAGGCAAAGACUCGCGCUGUGCUUCCGGCAAAGCGGAGGGAGGAGAGGAGGACGGCGAGGACGAGGACAUGUUUGAGACGGAGUUCCGGCAAUAUAAGAGAACGUACUACAUGACUAAGAUGGGCGUGGAGGUCGUCUCAGAUGAGUUUUUGGCCAGCCAGGCUCGCUGUUAUGUUGAAGGUAUACAGUGGAUUCUCCAUUACUACUACCAUGGAGUUCAGUCCUGGAGCUGGUAUUACCCGUAUCACUACGCUCCGUUCCUGUCGGACGUGAGGAACAUCGCCGGGUUGAGGUUGACCUUUGACCUGGGGAAGCCCUUCAUGCCGUUUGAGCAGCUGCUGGGUGUUCUUCCUGCCGCCAGCAAAGACCUGCUGCCCAAGUGCUACCAGCACCUGAUGACGUCCGAGGGUUCCCCCAUCAUCGAGUAUUAUCCACUGGACUUUAAAACAGACCUGAACGGGAAGCAGCAGGAGUGGGAGGCCGUGGUCCUCAUCCCUUUUAUAGACGAGAGAAGGCUGCUGGCAGCCAUGGAGCUGUACACAGAUCAGCUGAAUAAAUCUGAGAAGAGCAGGAACAGACACAGCGAGUGCGCCCUCUACUGUUACGAUAAACAGCUGGAUUACCCCUAUACCUCCCCCCUGCCCGACCUGUUCCCCAACAUCACACACUGCCACACCAGGGUGACGCCGGUUCCUGUGGACGCUUGGCGGGUUUCUCUGGAUUAUGUUGGGCGUAAAGUCGACCGCAGUUCGCUCUACUUCUGCGGCUUCCCCACCCUGCAGCACAUCCGCCAUAAAUUCUAUAAGAAGAAGAGUGGAGUGAUGGUGUUUCAGCAGAGCAGUAGAGGAGAGAAUAUGAUGCUGGAGAUUUCACCCUGCCAGCAGGGGGUGCCGAUGCUGGAGGACGUGGCGGCGCUGGUUUUGGGGAGGUCAGUGUUUGUGAACUGGCCUCAUCUGGAGGAAGCGCGAGUGGUGGCCGUUUCUGACGGAGAAUCAAAGUUUCUGCUGGAGGAAGCUGCUGGUUCUCAGAAGCUGUAUGAGGACGGAUCUCCUCCUCCGGUUAAGGUGGUGUAUCUGAGUGAUAAGGAGCAGAAGGAGUGGGUGAAGGAGGUGCAGGGUCUCACCGAACACAACAACAAGCGUAAAGGAAUCAUCAUUAACGAGACGGACGUCCUGCUGCACGCUCAGCUCCUCACCGGCAGGAAGUACAUCAUCUCUCACAGCGGCAGCGUCCACCUGGAGAAACAGUGGGGGAAACAGGUGCUGCCCUUCCCCUACCAGACCAUCGUCAAGGAUAUUAAGGCGUUUGACUCGUCGCUGUCCCGGUUUAAGACUCUAGACGAGCUGUUUCCUGUGGGAACGGCGGUGUUUAUGGUGGGGAACCCGUAUUACGGCGCUAUGGGAGAGGUGCAAGACUCCAGUGAUGUCAUUAACGAGGGGCGUGUCCGGGUGGUCUUCACCAUGCCCUGUGAACCUCAGCUCGAUACCUUAAUUCAGAACCAGCAUAAAUACUCAGUGAAGUACAGCCCCGGGUACGUCCUCGCCUCACGCCUCGGCAUCACCAGCUACCUGGUCUCCAGAUUCUCCGGCAGCAUCUUCAUCGGCAGAGGAGCCAAGAAAAAUCCUCACGGAGAGCAGAGGGCUAAUGUGGGUCUGAAUCUGAAGUUUAAUAAGAAGAACGAGGAGGUUCCGGGCUACACUAAGAGAACGGAGAAGGAGUGGCUGUACUCCGCCGCUGUGGAGGAGCUGCUGGCCGAGUAUCUGGAGAGAUUCUCCGAGGUCUUCGACUACGUCUCCAGAAACUCCCACGAUGACGUCUUCUACGAGGACGAUAUCUGGCCUGGAGAGGACGAGAACGGAGCGGAGAAGGUGCAGGAGAUCCAGGCCUGGCUCAAAACCCAUCCCGUAAGCUCCUCCUCCAGAGCGUCAUGUGACCUGCAGAUUCUGGACUCAGGAAUCGUGGAGAAGAUCGAAGAAGAGCUGGAGAAAUCCAAGGUUAAGAAGGGCAGUAAGAAAGUGAGAGUCACUGUGAAACCUCACCUGCUGUUCCGGCCUCUGGAGCAGCAGCACGGUGUGGUUCCUGACCCGGAUGCAGAUUAUCACCUGUUCGAUCGGGUCGUAAACGUCCGUGAGAAUUUCUCUGUUCCGCUCGGCCUCAGAGGAACCGUCAUCGGCAUUAAAGGAGCUGAUCGGGAUGCAGAAGUUCUGUUUGAGGUUCUGUUUGAUGAGGAAUUUGCUGGAGGACUCACUCUCAGGUGUUCUCCUGGGCGGGGCUACAGGUUGCCCCCGUGUGCCUUAAUUAACCUGAGUCACGGGAGUCGUCAGGAGCAGGGCUCCCACAAACUCACCGCCAUCGUCAAACCCCAGCCCACCUCCACCCAGCAGCGCUCCCACCCCCGCAACCAGCUGGAGGGGCUAAACCACUCCCCCCGCUCACCCUUCAUACCUGCACACCAGAACGGCAGGCAGGGAUUGGCUGUUCGUUCUUCCGACACUCAGGGAAACAGAAACUCCCCCCAUAAAGCCCUCAACCAGAAACACUCUCACAAGGGCUCUGGUAAGGAGGAGGACUUCAGUAAUGUAUGGCAGAGUCUACAGAGUUCAGGACCGCCUCAGAAACCACCAGCUCACUGGCAAAACCACCACAAGCAGCAGGAUGUUCCACAUCAGCAGAGCCACAGCCCCGACGUCUCCACCAAACCUGUUCAGGGCGGAAACAUCAGACUGCUGAAGAGAAAUGAAGAUCUGAACGCUGCUUUCCCUCAAAAACCUGCAAACCAGGUGAAUCCGGAGUUUGAGGAGCUGAUCGCCAGUUUAAAGAUCAGUAAAGAUCCAGAACCACCCCAAAAAGAACCCAAAGACCCGGCAGGAGAAUCGCUUUCCCCACAAUCCUUUGCUCAGAGAGGAACCCUGAUGCUGAAGGAGAUGCUGAAGAUUGACGGGUCAGGAGCAUCUGGCUCCGCCCCUGACUCCGCCCCUUUUAACACAGCCCAGAUAAACAGCUCUGGGCUCCAGCAGCAGGGAAGGAGACGCUCUGCUAAGAAGCUGGCUGCGAGAAUAAACACCCCUCAGGGUGAAGCUCCCGGACCUCCGCUCCCCGCCCAGUCUCCCCUGCUGCCCAGUAUGGCCUCUGAACUGGGACGAGUGUGUGCUGGACUUAACAUGGGCCCUCCUGAGUUCACCUUCCUCCGCAACAGACAGGGUCCCACCGUGUGCCAGGUGAAGCUCUCCAGCGGGCUGCUGGUUCACGGCCCUCAGUGCCAGUCUGAGAACGAAGCCAAAGAGAAGGCGGCCCUGUUCGCCCUCCAGCGCCUGACGUCUGUGGGCUCGUUUCCUCUUCCUCCUGCUCUGUUCUCUGGAUUACAGCACAUGAGACCCAUGCCCCCUCACCCCUCCAUGUUCGGACAGCCUCCAGGUGGUCUCCUGAUGCCCCCACAAGGCUAUGGUCCUCUACCAUGGGGGAUGCAGCUCCCGCCCCAGAUGGCUCCGCCUUUCUACGGGGGGACCUUCCCCGCCGCCCGGGGCCUCCCACCGCCCUCGGCUCCCAUUGGCUCUCACAACCAGUUCGUCCCCCUGCAGGUGACUAAGAAGCGGAUUUCAGGACGGAAGAACCAGGAUGUAAAGGCGGAGUUUGUGAACUCGCCCCGCCCCCAUGCCAACGACAUGUCCCAGCCCGCCUCCGAGGCUCCUCAGCCCGCCCGCAAAACCCCCCCACCAACCAGCGCCCACGACCCUGCCGACAAACACACGCCCACCACCCCGAACACACCACGGCAAAACCCCGCCCCCCACACUCCCGGCUCCGCCUCCAAACGCAAACAGAGGAAACUGGCCGUGAACUUCGAGGCGGCAAAAGUGACGGACUGAAGCUCCGCCCCCUGCGCUGUCCGUCUGUCCCAACACUUCUGACGUGUUUUAUUACGGAGUCGUUUUUUAAUGAGAUGAUCAUAAUUAACUCCUGAUUGGUUGAAAAGCGGAAAAUUAGAGACGUUCGUGUUUCAUCAUGAUCAUAAACAGCCCCGGGUUUAGAGACUUUUAUUUUGCUUUUUGUUUUUCUUUAUAUCGGAAAGUCUGACUGGAGUCGGUGGUGAAGAAUUUCCUCUUUUAUGCAGAUUUUUUCUUCUUUCGGCACCAAAAAUUUGAUUGGAUCAGAUUAUCGUAAGAGAGACUUUACAUUUAGGGGCGUGGUUAGUUUCGUCCAAUACAGAAUUAUGCUUUUAUUCAGAUCAGUACUCGUUUUUUAAUAUUUCAGCUUUAUUUUCUUAUUUUAAAGAAUUGCACAGUGUGUCCAAAGAUUUCGACCCAGAAAUUUAAACAAAUAAUAAUUUAGAAAUUUUGAGCUUUUUUUUCUUUUUCUUUUAAUAAUUGCACUGUGUAUGUAAGUAAUGUAAUACAUUCGACCAAGAAAUUUGAUAAAACAUUUCGAUUUUUUUUUUUUCUUUUUACCUCAAUAAUACAGUCCGAUGCGAUUGGACGGCCUUGUUGCCGGGCAGAUUAAUAGAACUACUUAUCUACAGAUUUAUCUGAUUAUACUAAGAGAGCUGAUCAGCGCAGAUUAGACUUUUUCCUGAGAUUAGACCUAAAUCACAUGAUUACAGUAACAAUUUGAAUAGAAUUCAGAGGGGCGGAGCUUUACCUCGUUUCAUAAUCACCUUAAUAUCUGUGGAGCUGGAUCCACUUUAAUUUAAAUUCAGUUUACACAAAUGCGUUUCCAGUGUGAACAAGAAACACAAUCUGAUUAAAGUUUUAUAAUCUCAUCAUAAUGCAUCUCUGCGAUUCUUACAACUUCACGUCUUAUAAAGUAAAGUUAAAGCGGAUCUUAUUUGUUUAUACUUGUCAUUAUAAUUCAGCUCCAGUGUGAUCAGAUGAGAUCAGAUUUUAAUUCACUUCAAAAGCCAGUUAUAAGCAUACCAGAGAUAUAUAUCCUGAGAAAUAAAUCUAGACAAAAUACAUUGAUGUUUAUCGUUUUUUUUUUUCCAAGAAAUGCAUUUCUGUUAGUCUGAUUGAAUCUGAUUUCAGAAAACACAUUCUGUUCACACUGCCUGUAUUAAAUGUGGUUUUAGCGAUCUGAUCAUAAUCCAAUCACAAUGCACAAUUAUUUUAGUUUGGCUAUUUAGUUAGUUUACACCUAGCUUUUUAUGCAGAAAAGUGAAAUCCGAAAUGAUCUGAUAACAAAAAAUGCAGUUAAUUCUUAAACGAGUGUAAACAGCUCAUAAUGAUCAGCAGAACUCCUUUAAUCCAGAUCUACAGUCUGAUCUCCUCGCUGUGAGUCAAGCUCGUUCAGCAGGUUUAUCCAUCAGCAGCUCAUUCUUUCCUUUAUUUAAAGGAACCGUAACGCAAUAGCAGGAAUUCUUUUUGUUUUGUUGAGUUGGUUUUAACUCCGUCCUGUUUUUACGCUGGUUUUUGUUUCAGGUUUUGGAUUCAGAGGCUCUGCUGGAGUUUAUCUCUCUGAUUUGGACGUUGUUUGACCCGUUUUCUGUGGGUUUUCCCUCAGUUUUGGGGCGUUUUUCUGAUUUGACUAAGAGAAUCGCAGUUCUUCCGUUUUUAAACAUUACAUUUUGUUUAAAAAUAUUUAAAUCCAUGGAUUUUAAUUAUGCCAUUUUAAAAAUGGAUGCAUUGCUCAUUUUGACUCAUUUUUCUGCCCUCCUUCUAGUAAAAAACAAGCUCAGCCCCCUGUUUCCAUCAAUUUGUUGCUGUUCUCUUUGUUUUUGUUCUUUUUUUUUUUUUUUUUUUGCUCAAAUUUUCUCUUUAAAUAAAAAAAAUUCGCCCUACCAUCACCACCACAUAUGUCCUCCUCAUCCUCCAGUGUCCAUUUUAGUGUGGGAACGUGCCGUUUGUGUGCAGUGUUGUUUUGAAAUGAACUCUGUAGCUAAAUUAAAGAAUUUAAAGAAUUCAAAAGCGCCAAAAUUUGCAAAAAUCUGAACUGCGCCUCCCGAUUUCGGGCGGGGCUGUAAAUAGACAUUUAAUAAAACUUUUGUUAUUGUA